AUGGAAUGGACAUAUCUUACUUAUACUGUAGCCGAUUAUGGUAUUUCAAUAGGUCUUGUGCUCGUUGCCAUUAUUGGCGUAUUCGUUACCUUCUUUAACUCAAAAGCAGGUGAAGAAUUUAUUGUUGAACGAGUCAUUGGUGUUAACCCGAGUAAAGCGCAUAGUGAUUACAAUGGACAAGGUAUUGGACAACGCAAUAUCGGAAAUCAAUCUUUGGAUCCUGAUGAUUAUCAUACUUCACUAAAAGAGAGAUUCGUUCGCAUAAAGCAAAAAUCUAUCUUUUAUAUUUGUAUGUUUUGCUGUUUACUUGGAGGAAUGACACUUUCUAUUACGGCUGUGCUCCUGUUUCAAGGCUGUUUCUUAUCAAGUGACAGACUUUUACCAGGUGAUGAUUGCCCUGAAUAUAAAACGGAUUGCUUCAUUUUCGGGAAGAGUGCUAUUAGUCCCAUAACAAAUAAUGUAAGCUUUUACUGUAAACCUUUGGAAAAAGCUCAAUUUGGCACCAAUAUAUCCGAUGCAACUGCAUGGUGUUUCGGAUGGAUUAUUCUUCAGCAAACAACCAAAAGUGUUCUUGAUCAAUUAGGUAUAGCUAUUGCUCUUAUUGGUUUCUUUACAACAAUGUUGGCUGUAGUUAUUUAUCUUGGAAAAUGCAAGAAAACCCUCGUAUUAUCUAUUAUAUUUAUUGCAAUUAGCGGUGGUGCCAUUAUUGGCUUACUCGUUACGAAGUUGUCGUUCUCACCUUUAACGUAUGCUAUUCUAUCUCAAGGAGUGGUAUUGGGAAUAUUUGGAAUAGUUCUUUUCUUUAUUUUACCCAAGCCAGAAAAACAAAAUGGUAAUCAACGGAUACUUACAGCAAAUACAAAUCAAACAAAUACUACUACUGAUUCAACUAUGCCCUAUCCAAAGCGGCCCAUCCCACCUAAAAAGUCACCAGUAAAUGCUAAGACCGCAUAUGGACCGUCGAAAAUCGUUCCUAAAUAA